AUGAGUUGUCAAGUCUUUCCUUCAACUGACACCUUCAUCCCUUUGAAUUCGGAUUCAUCUCCCACUCUGCCUCUGAUAAUGCAUCAUAGUGCUGCAGAGUGUAUACCCGUCUCCAACCAUGCCACUAAUGUGGUGUCCACAGCCUCAUCUGUUUUGUCUUUGAUCCCAUCUUUUAAAUGUUCCCACACAUGCUCUGCCAUGGCAACUUGGGGAAAUGGUGUCGCAGGUCUGCAUUAUUCUGUCCCUUCUUGCCAUUAUGGAAACCAACAGGCUGCAUAUGGGGUGAUGGCAGGUAGCCUCACUCCCUGUCUUUAUAAAUUCCCUGACCAUGCCUUCAGUGCCAGUUCUUGUGCUUUGGGCCACAGCUUUACUCCCAUGCACCCAUCAAUCCUUGGAGAUGACCCUACCACCGUGGAUUUUAAGCAAGAAUUCCGGAAGAAGAAUAAGGCCAUUGAAGAACCAAUAGACAUGGACUCUCCAGAAAUCAGGGAGCUUGAAAAAUUUGCCAAUGAUUUCAAACUGAGAAGAAUUAAGCUGGGUUAUACACAGACAAAUGUAGGAGAAGCUUUGGCUGCUGUGCAUGGCUCUGAAUUCAGCCAGACAACAAUUUGCCGAUUUGAAAACUUGCAACUGAGCUUCAAGAAUGCUUGCAAAUUGAAAUCAAUUCUAACAAAGUGGCUGGAGGAAGCAGAGCAAGUGGGAGCUUUAUACAGUGAAAAGGCUGGAGUGAAUGAACGGAAGAGAAAGCGCAGAACAACUAUUAGCAUUGCUGCUAAAGAAGCCUUAGAAAGCCAUUUUGCAGAACAAAGCAAGCCUUCAUCUCAGGAGAUCAUGAGGAUGGCAGAGGGGCUCAAUCUGGAGAAGGAAGUGGUGAGAGUUUGGUUCUGCAAUAGAAGACAAAGAGAAAAGAGAGUGAAGACAAGUUUACAUCACAACACCUUUAAUUCCAUUAUUAAGGAUCAUCAAGAGUGCCAGUAG